GUCUAGUCCAUAAGGCUGGACACCUUAGCAGUCCCAAUCUGCCACGGAAGGCCUGCGGGUUCCUAGAGAACCACUGGUCUUCAGUUCACCCUGGAAAGCUGCAAAACACUGGGUUCUGAUAUCAGUGAGGGAAGGUGGCAGCAGUGGUGGCAACAACAGAGCAGACUCACUCACCAGCAAGACGCAAAGGCCAGGAGGCAACACGUCCCCUGAUUUUACUAUAGUGCGCAGACAUUGGAGAGUACUGUCCACUCUGGGGGAAGGUCUUCCUUUAGUCCCUCCUGGAGAUGCCCUCAGAGGUCAGCCAGGCUGGUCUUGGAUUACCCAAGAUCCAAAUAAGACUGAAAGUCAAGGUUAGCCAGCCUAUCGUCAGAGGCUGGGGUGUCGUCGGUCUGGCCCUGGCUGUGAGUUUUGGACAGGUGUUGCCUCCUCGUCUCCCUGGUCUCUGGGACUCUGCCCCUCCCACGUGCCUCCAUGACCUCACGUCCAUCCUACCCUUUUAAAAGCAGUGAAGUGGACAUGAAGUCUCUCCAGUCACGGUAUGGGGGCCACUGUCCUCUGUCAUCAGUUCCCCAUGUGCCCAGGCUGGAAAUGGGGCUGUGUUGGCAGUGCCCUCUGUCACAGCCAUAAUCUCACUGUGAGAUCCAAGAAGGUACUUAUAACUCAGCCUGCGUGUGUCAUAGGACCCUGAGCUGUGAGGACCCGAGAGUCAGCCAUCGGAGGGGGAGGAGGGGAGCAGGAGCCAUCUAUGAGGGCGCUGUGUGUGGAAGCUCACCUGACAUCAGAUUAACAGGCCCUGUGCUUACAGAAUGGCUGCUUGAGCAACAGACAUUAAAGAUACGCCCGAUCAUAACCAGGAAGCAGAGAUGUGGUUUCUUUCUUGUGGAUCCUUGAAGGGGGAAAAAUUCACACCCGGAGAUCCCCGUGGAUUCCGUAAACCCACCCGCUGGAGGGGCACAGCCUUCUGAGAGAUCUGAAUCCAGGCUCAACUCUGCAGUCCAGCACAGAUGGGCAGUAUCUCUCAGCCCUCAGGAGGCUGAGGCAGGGGGAAGUCAGGCUUGAGGCCAGCCUUGGCUACAUAGUGAGACCCUGUCACCACCUUUUGUCCUCCGCUCCAAAAGAAAGACAUGAAGGGGGAGGCCCUGAGCUGUGCAGAGACCAACACUGGGAUGGAAUGGGGCCCUCAGAAUCCGUGGGUGGGCAUUCUCUUGUUGCUGUGGCAACCACAGGUCCAUUUGGGUGCCGAGGGAGUGAGGUUAAAGGGUUAGGAGGCCGCACACAUGGGGGAACUUGGUGAACACCGGGCCAGUUUACUUAGUAACUCGAUCCCAGAGGCCAAGACUCUGGGCGGGUCAGAGCAGGGACAGAACAAUGACGAUUUGGACCUUCAGAGUGCGCCUUUUGAGGGCCACUGGUUGCAGGGCUCCAAGGCCACCACAGGGAGGACCACAGAAGACCCAGAGGAGGAGAUUCCCCCAGAGGAGAUGGCUGGGGAAGAGCAGCUCCCGGAGGCCUCCAAUCUGGACGAUUCUCUCCGACGAGACCUGGAGGUGGAAGUGGUUGAAAUGAGCCACCUGUCCAUCACUGAGAGGACUCCCAGUGUCUCCACAGCCAAGGGCAGAAAAAAGAGGAGCCGGAGACUGCUGGAGCUGGCGAAGCCCAAGACCAACUGGCAAUGUCUGAGAGACAGGCCGGGCUGCUGUUGUAAGGGCUAUGCCUGGAUUGCCCCACGCAAGACCAACUUGCAGUUCUGCCUGUACUGGCCUUCUGUAUACUGGACCGAGCGGUUUAUUGAGGACACCACGUUGACCAUCACGGUCCCUGCGGUGUCCCAGCGAGUGGAGGAGCUCUCGAGGCCCAAGCGGUUCUACCAGGAGUAUUACAACAAUAACAGGACCACGCCCAUCUGGCCUAUCCCUCGGUCCACCUUGGAGUACCAAGCAACUAACCGGCUGAAGCAACUGGCUACCCCGAAGGUUCGCAAUAACAUCUGGAGCAUUAACAUGUCUGAGGUUUCCCAGGUGUCCAGAGCAGCCCAGAUGGCCAUCCCCACCCCUCGGACCCUUCGGCUGGCAAAGCCCAGGCCCCCGGCCACCCUGUUGGAAGAGUGGGACCCUAUGCCCAAGCCUAAGCCUUACGUGUCGGACUACAACCGCCUUCUUCAGCUGGCAACGCCCAAGGCCCUGUCAGAAAAGUGCGUUCCUGACCGCAGUCCUCAGUGGGAGGUCCUGGAUGUCACCAAGCACGCGGUGGCCAGUUCACGGAUCAUCUCCCUGGCCCAGCCCAAAAUUCGGAAGGACCUCAACGAGGGGUACAACCCCUACUACAUCUCCCCAGCCUCUCUGGUGGCUCAGGCGUCUCCUCGCAUUUUUGAGCUUGCCACCCCCAAACACAUCACCAAGAAAGUGUGACAGCCAGGCCUCCUCUCUGCCCACCCCCCAGUAAACAGCAAGUGCAUCCUCGCCCGUGUG